AACUCCUGUCACUCAAACAUUCAUACAUGAGAAAGGGAGGGUGGGAGGCAGAAGAGAAUCAGACGACACAGCUGAUGUCUGCAGACAGGAUGAGAGGUCAGACCGCUAGCAACAAUAACAGAAACAACCAACAGUUGAUCGUCAUUGGACACAGAUUAUUUCCUCUCUGUGAUCAUACACAGAAAAGUAAGUGACCUACAAUCUCUUGGCGUUCAAGAGGUGUUAAUGUGAUGCGUGUUUAGAAAAGGCGGGAUUCCAGAGAUCAGUACAGAUUAACGUUAUACAGUACAGUAGCCAACAGUAUGGCAGUAGGCAACCCAUGCCUCCAGAAGGGGUGGGAGGAAUGGAAGAAGGCUAAGGGGGAGAACCAGAGGAGGACAUGUUGGGUGAAGCUGGAUGUGAAUGAAGAGGAAGGAGGAGAGGAGGAGGAUUGGGAGGGAAAGAAGGAGGACUCAGACGGUGAGAAAGAGGAAGUGAGAGAAGAGGAUCGAAAUGGAGCAGGUAGGAAGAGAAAAGAGGAAUGGAGUGAACAUGAGGGAGAAGGAGAGAGAAGGGUGACGAGGGAGGAAAGGGUGAAUGAAGAGAGAAAGGUGAAGGGAUUACAGGACACAGAGGAAGAAGAAGCAGAAAAUGAGGGAGAUAUUAAGGAUGUCAAGGAAGAGAGGGAGGUGAAGGAAGCAGAAGAAAUUGAGGAAGAAAAUGAAAUGGGAGGAAUUGGGAAUGGGAGGCAGGUUCGGAGAGACAGGGGGGCAAUGGAAGCAGAGCAAUGGGAAGAAGAGAUAGAGAUUAAGAUGGACAAGGAGGUGGAGGAGGAAGAUAAUGGGAACGACAAGCUCGGAGCGCAGUUUAGAGAUCACGUGAUCGGGAGUAGAACUGAAGAAGAGCGUGUUCAACAACACCAAGACAGGACAGCUCAAAAAGAUGAAACAAUACAAGAAGAGGAGAACUUUUCAGAUUCAGUCAAAUCUGCUCAUGAAGAUUCUCACUGGGUGAAAUUAAAUCAUGGACAAAGUUCAACGAGUGAGAAACUGAGAGAUAAGGCAGGAACAGUGACGGGAUCUUGGACAAUGCACGAAGAAGAGUUUCAGGUCUGUGAAGACAAGCGUCAAGAGGAAGAGGGAGACUCAACGGAUGAUGAGGACGCCGAACAUUUAUCGAAUGAAGACGUGGAUUGUAAUGAGGAAGAUGUGGUGAAGAUUUUCCGCAAAGAUGAUUAUCCUUCUGAUGUAUUCUGCACUUUGACAGAGUUCAGGGCCUCUUCCCUUCUCACUGACCUACAUUUGAGCACAGAGGACGGUGAGAGUUUCAACGUGCACUUCCCCGUCCUGGCUGCCGUCAGCUCCCUCAUCCGGGAACAUUUUAGCAGAAGCCAUAAAGAAAACGGGAGAGUUGAUGAAAGACAACAUGACGAUAUGAUGAGUGUUGGAAUCAGCAGGUGGUCGUUGUCUCUGGGCCCCGAAGUUGAUCACGUUGGAUUGGAGGCAAUUGUGGAAUUUGCCUACUCUGGACUUGUAUCUCGUCUGAACAAAGACACCGUGGGUCAGAUAAAGGCUGCAGCUCGAGCACUCGGCGCCACCAGGGUGAUGGAUCUCUGCACCGAGGAAGAGGUUACAAAAGCUGUAGAGCAGAAGAAUGAAAAAAAUAUUUCUGCUUCAGAACAAAUGACGAUCAGUCUCCGGUCUAUCAAACAGUUGUGGAUGGACCAGGUGGGCUGUGACGUCAUUUUGGAAGGUGUUGGAGAAUCACUUCAUGCCCACAGAGUCGUCUUGGCUACAAGUAGCGACUACUUCCGUGGAAUGUUCACCUCGGGGAUGAGGGAAUCCCAUCAGCACUGUGUGACUCUUCCCUCCAUGUUGGCGUCUGAGCUGGAGGUUCUGAUUGGCUGCUCCUACAGCGGAGCACUGCCCCUCAGCUGGAGGUGUGUCUUUGAGAUCACCAGCACCGCUCUUCAGCUCCAAUGUCAACCAGCCCUUACCCUGUGUCUUAACUUCCUGCAAGAAGAAAUGAAUCCCCACUCCUGCCUGGAUGUAGUAUCUUUUGCUGAGGCUUACGAGAUGGUGCAGCUUCUCGAAAUUGCGGACGACUUUGUCCUGCGACAAUUCCAAAAGGUAGCGCGCACCUUAAAGUUCAGGGACCUGCCAGCCAAACAACUCCUGAAGUACCUGAACAGUCUCUCGCUCUGUGUCCCAUCUGAGCUUGUUGUAUUUAAAGCAGUGGUAUCAUGGCUUAGAGCUAAACCCAAGAUAAAGCUUAAUCUUGCCAAGGAAUUAAUGAAAACUAUCCACUUUACCCUGAUGACAUUCAAAGAAUUCAAAGAGGUCCAGUCUUUGAGCAUGUGGUCAGAUCACAGUCUGGUCGAGCUCUACGAAGUGGUUUUUGCGGAUUUCUGGUCCAAUGAGAUUAAACCAGACAGUCAGUGCCGCAUCUACCUGCCAAAGGAGAGUCUGGUCUUGAUCGGAGGUGACCAGAUCUCUGAAGACCUGGGUAGCCGCAGCAUCAGCAGAGAACUCUGGUUUGGGAAUUCCCUGAGGAACCAUACAGGGAUAAAGAAGGCCGUGGAGUGGAGAAGGCUGGGAGAGAUGCCAGAGCAGCCGCGAUUCAGUCACGAGGUGGCGGUGUUCGAAGGACAACUGUAUGUGUUUGGGGGCAAAAAUUAUUAUGGCAUCUGUGACACGUUGAAUUCAGUUUACAGGUAUGAUCCCCACCAGAACAGCUGGGAGAGUCUGGCUGAAAUGCAGCAGAAGAGAUGCCUUUUCUCUGUAGUUGUGCUGGAUGGAAAGAUCUAUGCCAUCGGUGGACACUGUGACGCAGAGGGUAUAGAUAGUGUGGAACGAUACUGCCCCACUGAAAACUCUUGGAGCUUCACCUGGCCCUUGGAUCUGCCCCUGAGUGGGCACGUGGCAAAAGUUUUACAAGGGCAGAUGUUCGUGUCGGGAGGGCUGAACCGCGACUACAGGUGUCUCGCAUCCAUGUUCCUGUACCGCCCAGAAACAGGAAGCACCUAUCUGGCCGACAUGACUGAGCCUCAUGCUCACCACUGCAUGGAGACCCUGGGUGACUUCCUUUACGUAGCGGGUGGGGUCACCACAGACGAUCGCAUGACCCUCGUUGACCAGCUCGCCUGUGAAGUGUACAGUCCAGCGGCGGACACCUGGACUGCGUUCACGUCUCUGCCAGUGCCGCAUGUCGGAGCAGGGAGUGCGGUUCUGGAGGGAAAGUUUUACGUGCUGGGUGGAUACAGCCAGGAAGACGACAGCGACACCAACAUGGUCCAUCGCUACGAUCCCACGACACGGAGGUGGGAGAACAUGGGCAAGAUGCCCGGGCCAAACAACGACAUACGGGCGUCUGUUCUGUGUUUGCCAUCACACGUCCGUUUGUAAGACAUGGUGAAAUACUAUAUGUCCGGUAUUGUUUUAUGAUGCUGAGUUCCAGGUUGCUUAUUUUAUGUUGACAAAAAUUGUAUUUUUGUAAUUUUUUAGAAAUAUUCUUACAUUGUUGGUGACAGAAGGAUAAUUAUAAUAUCGUGUCCAACAAUAACUUGAUAAUUUGAUCAAGGAAAAAUGUAUUCUGCACUUGAUAUGAAUCAAAUCUUUAGGCCAAAUGUAGGAUAUCAAUUAAUUGUAUGUGUUAAAUUCCACUGUGUUGUAAUGAAAUAGUUUAUGUUGUAGUAGUUAUUUCCAUAACAAAAAGCAUUCAAAUAUUUUUAAACUCAAAACUGCAAUAAUCAACUAUGAACACAAGAUGAAGCUGCCCGACUUCUGCUCAUGGUUGCUCUGCUCGGUGUGACAACAGACAGCAUCAGCUGAGAAAAGUGAAACAGACAUUGUAAUGAGUUUAUUGUUUUGCAUUGAUUUUUCUGAAGCUUCGCACUUAAUUUCAAUAAAGUU